GCUUGGCGGCGAUGAUCACCUUUGACUAUGCUUGGAGAAUGGUGGUAUCACAUGACUUGGACAAUAUGGUGGAUGGGUUGAAAAAACGAAAAAUUAGGAAGUGACAAGAAAGACGGUCUUUUGUGAUGCUAGUUACAGCGUCGAUCAAGAUACAGAUCAAGUGAGAACCAAACAAGAAGAGAUGGAUUUUCUAGCCGAGAACAAUCUAUGUGGCCAAACUAUCUUACGACUGACAUCACGUGGGAAUGCUAUCAUUGCUGAACUUCUCCGUCUUUCUGACUUCAUUCCACCAGUCUUCAAACUUGAGAACAAACAAGAAGUUGCCAAAUAUGGGGACCUGAUGAGUGACUUCAGCUACUUCCAGAGUGCUGAAUAUUUUGACAAUAGAAUAGACUCUAGACCUGAGCUGCAAGAUCUUGAUGAAGAAUUUCGAGAAAAUCACAUAGAAAUACUGACAAGAUUCUACUUGGCUUUUGAAAGUGUUCACAAAUAUGUUGUGGAUCUUAACAGAUUUUUGGAGGAUCUGGAAGAAGGUGUCUACAUCCAACAAACAUUAGAAUCGGUCCUUAUGAAUGAAGAUGGAAAACAGUUGCUGUGUGAGGCAUUGUACCUGUAUGGAAUCAUGCUGACCAUAAUAGACCUGAAGAUAGAUGGUGCUGUCAGGGAAAGAAUGCUGGUAUCAUAUCACCGAUACAGUGCUCAGAAUGCCUCUUUCAACUCGAAUAUAGAUGAUGUGUGUAAAUUACUACGAAGUACAGGCUAUUCCAAUAUUCCCGGAGCCAAACGACCUCCAAACUAUCCAGAAUCAUACUUUGAUAGGGUGCCAAUCAAUACCACAUACAUCAAUAUGGUGAUAGGUCGUUUACGGUCUGACGACAUCUACAAUCAGAUCCACGCCUAUCCCUUCCCAGAACAUCGAAGCACUGCUCUGGCUACCCAGGCCGCUAUGCUGUACAUCAUUCUCUACUUCGCACCUAAGCUUCUACACACCCAGCAGGCAAAGAUGAGGGAGAUUGUUGACAAACAUUUUCCUGAUAACUGGGUUAUCAGUAUCUACAUGGGUAUUACAGUGAACCUGCUAGAUGCAUGGUCACCCUAUAAGGCAGCGAGUACAGCUCUCAACAACACUCUGGAUGCGGGAAACGUCAAGGAACUAUCGAACAAAUACGCAGCCAAAGUCGAGAAGUUAUUGCCAAUAGUUCAGCAGUAUCUCAAAGAGGGCGUCCUACAAGACGAGUUCAUACUUGACAGCAUUCCAAAGCUGAUGAACGUGCUGAGAGAGUGUAAUGUCACCAUACGUUGGAUGAUGAUGCAUACCUCCAUGCUGUCAGCUACUGCGGAUACCAACAAAAGAUGUCGCCAGCUGCGUGACCAGGUGAUAGCAGAGAGCAGGUACAGCCCUGGCACUCUGUUUAAUCUUCUACUCAAUACUGGCCAGUUCGAAUUCAAAUUGAAAGAGAUGUUCAAGCGUAUGCUCUCGGAGAAACAAAACAACUGGGAAAAGUUCAAGAAGGAAGGCAGUGAGAGGAUACAAGAAUUGAGCGAGGUGUUCUCUGGAACCAAACCACUUACCAGGGUGACCAAAAAUGAAAACCUCCAAGCAUGGUUUGCUGAGAUGGCCAAGCAGAUUGACUCCCUGAACUAUGAUGAUUCAACAUCUGCCGGCAGAAAGAUUGUCCAGCUCAUACAAGCUUUGGAAGAGGUUCAAGAGUUUCAUCAGCUUGAGACGAAUCUGCAGGUGAUGCAGUUCUUAGCGGACACCAGAAGGUUCCUUCAUCAAAUGAUACGGACAAUCAACAUCAAGGAGGAGGUGCUCAUCACCAUGGAGAUAGUGGCUGACUUGUCGUAUGCUUGGGUCAUUAUUGAUAGCUUCACCAACCACAUGCAGCAAGGAAUCAAACGUGAUCCAUCUCUAGUCAUCAAACUUAGGGCGACAUUUCUAAAGAUGGCGUCGGCUCUUGACUUGCCCUUGUUGAGGAUCAACCAGGCCAUGAGCCCUGAUCUUAUGAGCGUCUCGCAAUACUACUCUGGUGAACUGGUCGCUUAUGUCAGGAAGGUGCUACAGAUUAUUCCUGAAUCAAUGUUCGGCUUGCUUGCCAAGAUCAUCCAGAUGCAGACGAACCAAAUCAAGGAGUUGCCCACGAGGCUGGAGAAGGAUAAGAUGAGGGACUAUGCUCAGCUUGAUGAGAGAUAUGAGGUGGCUCGCCUAACUCAUGCCAUAUCUGUCUUCACAGAGGGAAUGCUCAUGAUGAAGACAACUCUUGUUGGAAUCAUCAAGGUUGAUCCCAAACAGUUGCUUGAAGAUGGUAUCAGGAAGGAACUGGUGAAACAAGUGGCACUUGCUCUCCACCAAGGACUGGCUUUCAACCCAAGAGCAAAGCAAAGUGAACUAGUACCAAAGCUGGAGAGACUAGGAGCCACCAUCGAUGGAUUUAGACGAUCCUUCGAGUACAUUCAGGACUAUGUCAACAUCGCUGGCUUGAAGAUAUGGCAGGAGGAGAUAUCCAGAAUCAUCAACUACAAUGUGGAACAGGAGUGCAACAGCUUCUUAAGAAAUAAGGUGCUGGAUUGGCAGAGUAUAUAUCAGUCGACUGCCAUUCCAAUUCCCAGCUUCCCGCCCAUAGAUGCUUCGGUCAACUUCAUCGGACGGUUAGCGAGGGAGAUAUUACGAAUUACGGAUCCAAAGCUGACUUCUUACAUUGACCAAAUGAACAGUUGGUAUGACAACAGGACGAAGCAAGAAAUAGUCAAUUUGAAGAUAUUCCAGUUACUUGAGCGAAGUGUGGGAACAUUUGGCCUGACAGGUCUGGACAGGCUUAUUAGCUUUAUGAUAGUGAAAGAGCUGCAGACCUUCGAAACCCUGCUUCAGAGGAGUGUGCUCCGAGAGAAGCCAAACCAAGAAAUGUUUGCAGCCUUUGGCAAGGCACUGUCACCAGUCAAAGGUCUUGUGGCCCAACCACAGAAGGUUUACUCUGCAUCAAUAGCCAAAGCUGUGAGGAUAUGGCCUCCAUUCUUGGACAUUAUACUAAAGGUUGGUCAGUUACAAUUGCUGAGGAGACAGAUCGCCCACCAGUUGAACACAUCCUGUAAAUUUGAUUCAAAAUACCUAUCGAGUGCACUGCAGGCAUUCAACUCGGCUGUACUUGCCGACAUUGAACAUCACUACCAGGACCCGUCCCUGCCAUACCCCAAAGAGGAUAACCCAUUACUGUACGAGAUGACCUCCUACCUGGAGAAUGCCGGCAUUAGUAACCCUCUAACAAAGAUUUACAUCACAACAAAGAAAUUACCAUUCUUUCCUCUGAUCGUGUUUCUGAUGGUCAUAACACAUCUUCCUAAGCUAGUAUACCAGAAAACCAUAGGGAGUAUGGUUUGUAAGAAAGCAGCGGAUCCAAUAGAUGGCCCUCCGUUUGUCGUCGGGAUCAUAACACUACUAAAGCAGCAUCACUCAGACAAUCUGAACCAUUUCUUCUCCCUGCUUGGCCAGUACAUUAGGUCAAUGGUAGAGACAACACAGGGAUCAAAAGUUCCAGAGUUCUCACAAGAUGUUAUAAACACCUUAGUAUUCCUGGAAGACUUCACAUUUUACAGUGGACUCCCGAAGAAGAUGGUGGAGGGGUACAUCCCUGCAUACAUCCUGGAUGAAUUCAAAAGCCUUGGUGGAGCGCAGUGAAGUCGGAUUCCUCAACAAUGAUGGGCUACGUGGGCAAACCAAAUUGGAUAUUGACAUUUGCCUGAUUGAAAUGAAAAACCACUCAUUCCUAUAUUUAGGACUGUUGACAGAGCUUGUGCUAAGUGUGUGAAAUCUAAAAAGCACACUGAUAAAUACUGUAUACACUUGCUAUAGUUAAGAGUUGAGUUAGGGUAGGCAGUUAAUGCGAGUCUGAUAUAUUCAAGGUCUGGAUCUGUUCACUAAACAUGCAUUCUAGAGUAAAAAGUUCAAAAUAUGACUUAAUUAAUUGAAAAGAAGAGUAAGUACCAGUCCUUUGAAUUAUAUGUACAUGUAAUAUGUUUUCAUUAAAAGAGAGCUUUGAGUGUAGCAAAGAAUGUAAACAAAUAGGAGAUCACAUACAGUUCUGCCCCUGUCAUACUGUGGGAUCAGGAGCAACCUCUCUGGAUACAAGGGCCUUGGUUGGAAGUUGCCUUCAGUCCGAGGCUGAUAUCAAUAGGUGAGGUGGUUUGCCUUGACUUGGAGAGGUUGCAGCUGAAUCUACAGGGUGUCUAUAUACUUUUGUUAAUUGAUUUUUGUAUCAGUGAUUGGUAUUGUAUUUGUACAAUUGUAAAUAGAAAAACAAAUCUUAUUUAA